AUGGAGGGAACCCUGAAUGUGAUGGCUUUGGAGCUUGAUUUGGCCACACUAGGAGGAGGAUUUGGAACUGGUGCAGUUGAAUGGGUUACUGGUGUUGCCGCAGCAGGAGCUGAAUUGGACGGAGAGCGGUCCCUGUCAUUGGCGUCUUCAGAGUUAUCAGAGUUGAACCCGUCUCGCGGAAUAUCACGGAUGAUCGGCAAAGAAGGUGGAGGUGCUGAGGAUUCAUUUGGAGAUGAUGGGUUUUCCAUAGAAGCCUUCAUCGAGAAGGACUUCGUAUGGGGGAAGUUGCCUGAGACGAGAGUCUCCGAAAAUGAGGCGAUUGUCGACAGGGCUGGGGAUAGAGGACUUCCCAUGCGACUGCCUCGACAUUGGCGGAUGCACCGAUGCCCUAAGGCGAACGUUUGCAUGUUGAGUCAGCUGGAAGCAGCGAGUGAAGGAGAGAUCCUGCCAGAACCCAGAGAGGAUCGGACGGAUGAGAGCUGCUUCCUUGAAUUUCAGCCAGUGUUUGCAGCAGCACUGGCAUCUCGACCACUUGACCAGGCAGCGAUGGCCUGUUUGUGGUUACAGAGUUGGUCGAGUACAGCUGCAUGUUUGAUAAAGACCAUUUUGAUCCAUUUUGAAGGUGUCUAUUGCUUGAAGAGACAGUGUACGAAACGGUUCUUGGACGUUGUUGGCGAGACGUCGAAGGGCAUAGCACAAGGUGAGACCUCCUUCGUGGGACCGGAGGAUUCUGCGAUCGACAGAUCGAAGGAAAGUCACUGCGUCUUGGAAGCGCUCGAUGUCAAUGCUGGAAUUGGUUUUGGACGUUCUUCUUCCGGGAGUUCGGAUGCAGCCUUCAUCCGUUCAGGGUGGGCGAGGACUGACGACGGUGACGGGAUGAUAUCCUGCGUCGUGGAGGACUGCGAUGAAUUGACACAGGCCGCUUGUCAAUCUCUGGUGAUACUGAACGACGGCGGAUGGAUCGGGAUCGCCGUGAAUGGUGGGAAGGUUGUGGAAAAGGAGGUGAAGAUAAGUGGCGAUGGUGACUGGAGCGUGAUGGUUCUGGAAUGGAUGAAGGAGGAGGAUGUGGAAUGUGGUGAGCUGGACGUUCUUGGUUUGGCGGAGGGCUUUUUGGAAUGGCGAUUGAAGUUGAAUCUCCUGGGGUUGGUGAAAUUGGGCGUUCAGCUGGUGUGGUGGAAGCGAUGGUCAUGGGGGCGGCAUCCACUGCUGACGUAG